UGGAGGCCAGAUAAAUGAAGCCUCGUAUAGACAGAUAAAAAAAUAUAAUUGGUAACGCAAGAUAAUGUUCAAAAACUCGAAUGAUUCUGUUCUAGGUGAGCGAAUUGGAACAAGGCGUAACCAAAAAUAUUUGUUUCUCGGAUGAUGCAGAAUUUCCUCAAUCUAUAAAGCAUAGUUUGGUUCGUGUAUGAUGAAGCUAUUGAUUUGUGAUAUCUCAUGGCUGCAUUGGCCUAACUUCAUGUGAAUGUACGUAUGUCAAUUGAGCCCAUUCUUUGAACAAGACUUAUUCUUUCUACGUUUAGAAUUCGGAUUGUUUGGCAUCAAUUGCUAUUCGAGGAACACUCAGGCCAACAUUCGAUGCAGGCAAUGUCGGGCUGGGGCGUACCUUGUACCUGGUACGCUUUUUGUCGCGUGCUGUCCGAUACGUUGCAGCGAGGAAUCUAGUGCAGCGCUAUUCUAUGCGAAGCAACAAGUUUUUGUCAUUUCGAUGCUCUAAGAAGGAAAAUGAAAAUGCUCGUACUUCAACACCAUGCUAAUGGAUGCUAUUCUUUCAUGCGUACGGGUGCGACUGAGUCAUGAAUUUACUAGCAUCGUAGGAGUUCACUUCUGAUAAACUGGCUGGGAUAUCAGUAGACAACGAACAGUUCUUCCUAUUUCGUUCGAAACAGGAAGCGACUGACCACGAGUAUACUUAAAUCGAUCUUUGAAACGUUCAACUUCAAUUUCAUGUUCUGUUUUUACUUCACCUGAGUUUUUCCGUUUAUCGUAAUCGUAUGUUCUUGAAGAAUAUUUUUUCCAUUGAUUUCAUUCAUACAUCCUAAUUAAAUUUGUUCCCAUGAGCAUUGAUGUUUAUGGUUGUUCGCUUUCGUCGUACUGAGAAUAGUUGACUGAAUAUUUUUACCUGUUCGUUGUGUCAAAUAAUCAAAUUAUCUCAUUACUCACAGCUCCACUACUCCAUCUCGCAUUCAAAAUGCCAGUCGCAGCUGAUACUGGACGAACGAACCGCUUGCGGUAUGACAAAGCUGCGCGAAAGCAGCGUCUCGACAAUAAUGUGAUGACGCUCUAUCAUGCCACUGACAGUACAGCCGCGCAACAAAUCCGAUCUACCAAAAAGUUUCUGCGUGGUCAAGGUGGCGCUUCCGGAGGUGGCAUUUAUUUUGCGACCUCACGGGAAGCUGCUCUUCGGUAUGCACACCCCGGACUCGGACGUCCGUCCGUAGUUUUCGAGUGCAAAGUAAAAUUGGGAGCAGUGGAGACGAAUCGCGGAAGCUAUACGAGUCUUCAGUUUAUUUCCCUACAAAACAAUGGCAAGGAUUCGAUUCGACAGAGUCCGGAUGUCUACGUAGUGUACAACUACGAUCAAGUCGAAAUCAUUCGAGAAGUCUGA